AUGCCAGCUACAGAAAGAAGAAAGCGUGUCUCCAUUGCCUGUAUACCAUGUAGAAAGAAGAAACGUCGGUGCGAUGGCCAGAAGCCUAUUUGCCAGGUCUGUGAAAGAGAGGACCGCGACUGUGGAUAUACCUAUCACCUCGAGAAGCGAAAUCCCAGGCCUCCUACUAAGUGCUAUAUUCAUGCACUCCACUCGCGCAUUGCUUUUCUGGAACAUCAGCUGGCAACAGCCCGAAAUGUUACGGAUAAUAGUACCUUUUCAACAUUCGGGUUGGAUAAUCCCGAGGAAGCACUAAAGCCGCCCAGUGUAGAGCAUACAUCUCAAGCUCUUUCAGGCUUCAGACUUGAUUUCCGACUGUCAGGGGCGUACGGGCUGUUCUGCUCUGGAGAGCUUGAUGAACAAAUGCGAAAUUCUAGCCCAGUAAGCACCUCGAAACAUGAUAUAUCACUGUCGGACGAUCCAUUCCUCGUUCCCUAUGAUCUACAAGCCCAUCUGCUGGAGGAAUUCUGGACCUGGAGAAAUACAUGGCCAGUUCUUGUCCAUGAGCCUCUGUUCCAGCAAGAUUUGACCAAUGGUGGAGUCGGCAGCUAUGCCACCCCAACGUUAUUCGCAGCAAUACUAGCUUACAGUGCCCAUUAUGCCGGUGAAACACAGCUUCACACAUGGGGCAUAUCAGCCGAGGCCCUUGCUAAGCAUGCAAAGGGAAAAAUACUCGCACAACUGGAAUAUCCAAGUUUGUCCCUUGUUCUGGCCGCAGCUCUUAUGGCUCUGAGGGAAUUAGCACUCGAUAGACUUUCAUCUGCUUCGCAGUAUAUCGGGAUCGCCUUUCGACAAUCUUUGACUCUUGGACUUCAUGUGUUGUCUACUAUGAAUGAUCUGACCCAAGGGUCAAAAGAGGUCCAAGAAGCCAAAUCACUUGCUUGGUGGGGUGUCUGGUUGCUGGAAAAGCAUAUAGCCCAGAUUCUUGGGCAACCAAGCGCUGUACGAGAAGGUGACAUGUAUCCAGGACCAGUCCCAAUCAUUCCGAGCGUCGAAUACCGCAUGUGGCCGACAUCUGACAGUUCAGCCCCUGAACUGAUGUAUUCCAGUAUGUCAAACUUUCAAUAUGCGUGUAACCUAUUACGGAUGGUAUCGCCUGUCCUAGAUGAAAUUUAUGCAUUCACAUCACCCCUCAGCAUUCAAGAAAGGGAAGAGAAAGCCACGAAAAUUCAUGUUGCCAUGUCCGAAUUUUACAACAAUUUACCUAGUACUCUCAGACUCCCUGCCACCGCCACGACGCAGCCAAGCCCACCUGUUUACCAAUUCAACUUACUAUAUCACACUCUAAAAAUUAUGCUUCAUCGUCCCUUCAUCAAGGCGGUCCCAUCGAUGCAUGACUUGGAGGAAAUGAAGUGCCCGGAUAUGGUACAUAUCCAAUCAGCAACGUUUUCCGCCAUUCGCAUAACUUCCAUUGUAAAUGCGUAUAGAAACUUCUAUCCAUUGGAAGCCCUGUCCCCAUUGGCUGUCCAUAGCUUGGCAAUUUCAUCUCUCAUGCAUCUCUUGAAUGCCAAGUCGACUGAUGCCACUUUGUCUCAACGAACAACACACCUUUACCGCCUCAACCUCCGCUUCUUGGGCCAAUUAGGUUCAACGAACAACAGCAGCCAUCGCGCAAUCAAAGCUCUUACAUUCUUAGAACGUGAAGGGAACGUAUCAGUCCACCCGAAUACCAUGAAGUCAUCUGUGUGGCGCCGCGGAGCUGAAUGUGAUGGUUCCGUUUCCGCGGGACAAACAGGAACACCAACCACAACACUUGAAUCAAUGAACAUUUCCGGCCACUUAGAUCCCAUGGAGAAUGCUUUCGAUUGGCUUCAGCUGCCUCUGAACGACCAGCUCAUCUUUGAUGAUGUCAUUGAGGGCUCGUUAUGGGAGGAGAUCUUCUGUGAUAAUCCCCGGCAGGCGGAAUUGGGACAGAAGACAAGGCCUGGCUUUUUUUUCAGGACCUGGAAAGCAAAGGCCAACCUUGCCAACUUGUUCUGCCAUGUCUGCCGAGUACCUUUACUUUAUCACGCGCCAGUCUUCACUAGUCUAGGCCAGUCUGUAUUUCCAUGA